UUUGGAGAAAAACCAGUUGCCGACUCGAAAUCCCAAGUCCCCUCGGAGCUUCGUGUGCGUCGGGAGGAGGAAAACCAUAUCGCCAAUCCUGCUUGGAUUUCGUAGUGCUUCAGAACCAAACCAGCCGGACAACAGACGUUCAAAAACCUUCGCUUGUCGCCAAUUCACUAUCUUCCUCGCCCCCCUUCUCAAAUCUCAAUCGAUCAUACACGAAGCUUAGCUAAUCAGAGUUCUUCGAGAAUUUACUGGAAGAGGAGGAGGGGUUCCUUCACUCCUAAGCUGUUGAUUCUUUCUCCCGAGGGGUUUCUAUUGAUGCGGAUCACCCAUGCCUCCGAAACAACAAUCUAAGGCGGAACUCGCCAAGAAGCAGAAGGUUGUAGAGGACAAGACCUUCGGUCUUAAAAAUAAGAACAAAAGCAAAAAUGUUCAGAAAUACGUGCAGAGCCUCCAGCAAUCUGUCCAACCUAAGCCUGAUCCUUCCAAAGCGGCCGCCAAGAAGAAACUGGAAGAUGAGAAGGCCAGAGAGAAGGAGCUGAAUGAUUUGUUUAAGGUCGCUGUUAGCCAACCUAAAGUUCCUAUUGGAGUUGAUCCCAAAUCUAUUCUAUGUGAGUUCUUUAAGGCGGGACAAUGUGCGAAAGGUUUCAAGUGCAAGUUUUCUCAUGAUUUAAAUGUGCAAAGGAAGGGUGAGAAGAUCGACAUUUAUAGUGACAAACGUGAUCAGCAAAGUACUGAAACAAUGGAGGAAUGGGAUCAGGAGACCCUGGAAAAGGUUGUUGAAUCAAAAAGGUCAGAGUACAACCAAAACAAGCCAACUGAAAUU